GGAGGGGGCGGCCGAGGAAGUACGGGCCGGACGGGGGCCUGCUGCGGCCGCUGAACGCGACGCCGAUCUCGGCGUCGGUGCCGGACGACUCCGGCGGGGGGCACUACACGCCCGCGUCCGCCGUGGGGGCCGCCAUGAAGCGGGGCAGGGGCCGGCCCGUGGGGUUCAUCAGCCGCGCGGCGCCCGUGGUGGCGAUGCCGAUGCCGGUGCCGGUGACGGCCGCCACGCCGACCCCCGCGGUGGUCGUCUCCACGCCGCCGCCCCCCGCGCCCAUGUCCUCAUCCGUCGCCGCCGCCGCCCCGACGCCGCCCGUAGGCGAUGUGGUAGGGUGUGCUUCCGGUGCGAAUUUUACACCUCAUAUCUUGAAUGUUGCUACCGGUGAGGAUAUUAAUAUGAAGGUCAUAUCUUUCUCCCAACAAGGUCCAAGGGCGAUUUGCAUUCUGUCCGCAAAUGGUGUGAUUUCGAAUGUUACGUUGCGUCAGCAUGAUUCUUUAGGUGGUACAGUGACUUACGAGGGCCGGUUUGAGCUGCUUUCCCUGUCGGGAUCUUUCACGCCGACCGAGAAGGGCGGAUCCAGAGACCGCUGCGGCGGGAUGAGCGUCUCUCUAGCGGCCGCCGAUGGCCGCGUCAUCGGAGGCGGCGUGGCUGGCCUCCUUGUGGCCGCAAGCCCUGUUCAGGUGGUGGUUGGAAGCUUCCUUCCGAGCUACCAGAUGGAGCAGAACGGCAAGAAGCCGGUGAUCGAGAUGAAGACGGUGGCGGCGCAGCCGGCCAUGGGGUUCACCAUCUCCAGCGGCGGCGACAUGGAGGACUCGUACAGCGGCAGCCAGGCGCGGUCCGGCAAGGGCGCGUCGGCGUUCAGGGUGGAGAACUGGACCGCGCAGCCGGUGGCGUCGGCGCCGCCCGCCGCCGAGGCGAGGAGGACGCCGUCGUCGGAGGCGGCCAAAGUCCCCGUCUCCGGAGGGUGAAGAGGAGGAGAGCCAGCCGGCCAGCCAGCCAGCCCUGCUCCGUCGUUCAGAAGCCGCAGGAGCUAGCUCAACAUUCAAAUAUGGAGCAGGGCUCUGAAAUUCGGAGGGAUUCAAAUACUAGUUGAAAAUUUAUACACCAUAUGAACUGAACUGAACUGAUCGAUGUCGCCAAUAGUUCAAAAUUUAUAUAUGAAAUACUCACACCGUGCAAUUGAUUAA